AUGGCCAUCGGCUCCACUAACACACGCGCGAACAAAGCCGCUCGCACAGCAUUCGCUCUGGGUCGACGAUCAGAGGGUGCUAAUGUUCAUCUCGCGGCGCGGUCGCACGCACACACGCGUGCAGGCAGGGAGCACCACUCCGAUUUCAGGUAUGUGACAUACACUAACAAGAAAUUCCCAACUGGUCUACCGGAUGAGUCGGGCCCCACGCGGUGGUGUUACCGAGUGGGGGAGGGGGAAAAGAGUCAGCAGAACACCCCCCUACUAACGGCUUUGCGCGUCUCGAGCUGGUUGGGUAUGUCAUGUGACCAACGAGCCCGUGGGGUGAUUGGGGGGUGGGCUUUGGGUUAA